UUUUUUCAAAAAGUACUUGCGAUUUAGGACAUAUUUUAAAAGUUUCAACAUAAAUUUAAUAGCACCAUCAUUAUUUAAUUCAUCAUUAUUAUGUAAAAAACAGAGGAACUAAGGCAGCUCUAUUCAGCCCUUGAAAAUGGAUGGUGGAGACAGGAUCUUAGUCGCUGCGGGCCUUACAGCUGCUGUUGUCGUUGGAGCUUUCGUAUUAUGGGGACCGGGAGGUGCUCCGAAGGUUCGGAAGCGUCGUGGACAGAUUGCAGGUCUACAGAACAUGGGCAGGACCUGUUUUCUGAAUACAUUGCUCCAGGCCCUUGCAGCGUGCCCCACCUUCAUUGAAUGGUUGAAGAGAUAUGCCAAAGCCAAUUCUCACAACAGUAUGAUUACGACUCUGUACACUGUUAUUGAAGUUGUAAAUGGAACUCACGAAUCAGCACGAGGCACUCCAGUCUGUCCACUUGGAGUACUGCAGUCUCUCAGGGCAGCUGGCUGGGUGGUGCCAGCUGACCAGCAGGAUGCACAUGAGUUGCUCCAUGUACUGCUUACUUGUAUAGAGGAAGAAACAGCAGCUAUGGCUAGAAAGCCAGGUUGUUUAUCGGACGCCCUAGGUUUGGGAGGAGGCCGUGCGUGGUCAGCUCUAGCUUCGCCUGCGUCACCACCGGCAGCCCCUGCCACUCCAUCACUAUUAACUCGUCCUGCAUCAGCAGCUCCCGGGGAUGAACCUGACUUAGCUGAUCCGGAGCCGAAUCCUGGUCCCCUGGUCCGCAAGGGUGUGUCCCGGUCGUUUUGUCAGCUGAGCUCCGUGGGGCGGCGCUGGGCGUGCCCCGCCCCCGCGCGCCCUGCCCCCUCGCCCCCCUUCCGCGGGACUCUCGCCUCCAGACUGCACUGUACGGUCUGCUCCACCAAGAGUCCGAUCCGUUACGACAAAUUCGACAGCGUCUCGUUGUCCCUGGACAGCGCCGGCGCCGGUCUCAGCGGGACCUACAGUCUGGCAGGUUUACUCCGAGCGUUCACUGCCCCGGAGAUGGUGAACGGCGUGGAGUGCGCGAAGUGCUCGGCCUCCUCCCCCGCCGCCCCCGCCCCCACCCCCGCACACACCAAGCACAUCCGGACGGUCAGCUUCGGCAAGUUGCCCCCUUGCCUGUGCAUGCAAGUGUCCCGCGUGCAGUGGGCUGGCGGACGGCUCAGCAAGCGCGCCGAGCACGUCGCCUUCCCAGAGACGCUCUCCAUGGCGCCCUACGCCACCCUGCAUCAGCCCAAGAACGAGCUCAUGUCCCUGGUGGGCGAAGGGCGCCUCCGCAGCGGCCUCAGCGUGUGGAACGCGCGCGGGGGCGGGGCGGGCGCGCGCGGGGGGGACGCCGCCCCCUACACGCUGGUGGCCGUGGUGGUGCACGUGGGGGGCGCGCGCUCCGGACACUUCGCCACCUACAGGAGGGGGAACGGGUUCGAAGCUAAACGGUGGUGGUACACGUCGGACACGCUGGUGCACGAGGUGUCCCUGCAGGAGGUGCUCCGUUGCUCGGCCUACAUGCUCUUCUAUGAGCGGGAGAGACAGGACACUCAGCACUUCUGAGCGUCGGCUGCCGCGCGACCUACAACUGUGGGUAGUCGGAAAAAUGCGAUGUCUUUUUGUUAGAUUAUCUCACUUUAAGAUCGAUUACAAAUUUAUUUGAAUUUAUGCUUUAACAAUACUAUUGUAACGUUUGCAUUUUUUUUAGAACGCACGCGGGUCGUAAAAAAAAAUUGGAUAUUACGGCCUGGCAACGAGACCUUUAAGCCAAUUAAGUGUGUCGAAACUUAUUUCAAAAGUCAAAUGUCUUCAAAAAUAAUUAUAUUUCAAAUUACCCUUUCUUGUGUUGUUCAGAAACGUCAACCGACACGAGCUGAUGUUUCUGUAAUGAGAAUAUGCCAUUCGCAUAUUCAUAAUCAUUAGAAAACAACCAAAAUGUCAGUGACUCUUGAAAUUAGGUUCAAAAUGAAGUAUGUAAUAAAAAUACUUAACAGUAUUAUAAUGAAUGUGGUUGUGACAAAGAAAGGAAUUAUAAAAUGAGAUUUUAACUCAAAUGCUUGUUUGACCCGUCGGCUUUAUGCUAAUCUUAAUCUAAAAAAUCGCAAGUUGAAAUUUCAAACUUCCACAAAUAGUGCGAGCGAGAGGCUAGUUGUGUGCUCACAACAGUAUGUAGGUAAUGCAACAAGGACAUCGUGUGUAAAGGAUGUAUGACUGACACAUUGUAUUUUUCUUAAAAGUAUAAGUACACAAUUUGCUGUAAACCUACGCGCACAUACUUAUAUGAACGUUGCGUGCGAUUUAUCUCUUCAAAAAUCGUAUGUUCGUUGUGGUAAUUAAGCGUGGACUGUAUUUAUUGUUUUGAGAUAUUUAUUGUACCUUUAUAUGACAAAUUAAUAUAAGAAAAAUAUAAAAUUUAAUCGUUUCUCUUGGCGGCUGGAUUUGAAAGAGAAUUGGUGUCAUGGCGGACGUCGCUCGCUGUCAUUUUUGCUUUCAGAAACUGAACAUAUUGAUUGAUACGAAUUAGUAGGUAGGAAACAAACCACCAUUGAAUGUAGGUUUGUGAUGUGAACCUACCUCAACGACCCUGAUCACCAAGAGCUAUCAGAAGUCCAGCUCUCCACGUGCGGGAGUCUCAGCAAUCAACUCUUUUUAUUGCUAUUCCUUCCGUUGUUAUUGUAUCGUCUUCGGAAGUCUCCGGCACUAUAUUGUAAAUACAUCACGACUUUAUUGUAUAAGAUGGCGUUUAAUUAAAAUUUCCUUGAAUAACUCAUGCAGAUUUCAGUAAAUAUAAAAUAAUACAUUUUUGUUUAAUAUAAUCGUUACUCUUUAUAUUUUGCAGUUAAUAAAUAAUGAUUAAACUAUAUUAAAUAAUUAUUGAUUCGUUUACCAAUUUAAGCAUGAAUACUGAAAGUUUUAGCGAGUUUAUUUCUGUACGCACCAAAACCAACAACGUAGAGCGAAGGAAAAGACGCACAGCGUGGGCUUUAUCAAGAAAGCAAAAGAAGCUUAAAACAAUGCAAUCUUUGACACAUAGCAUAUUUUACAAUAUUGACAUCUAUAAUAUAAUUUAUUUAUUGAUUCUUAAUUUAUUAAAACAUAAUAUUCCUACCCGAAUACAAUUUGUGUUGUUUAAUUAUACUCGUAUUUGUUAUGUGUACAGCGUGGCUAAAGUUUGUAAUGUUUGUGCCUAAAUGAGCUGUUCUGUUGUUUAAAAAAGUUUAUUACAAGCGGCCAUAUUUUAUUAGCAUGUUUAAGGUUUAUAAGUGUGCGGUAAAUUAUCCUAUUGUAAGCUGGAUUAAAUUAUUAAAAUUAUGUUUUAAAUAUUAAGAAUAAAUAAUUUGGUGGUAUAUUAUUAUAUAACCGGACCCAAACAACAAAAGAAAACAGCGGACUAUUUUAAUGGUAUAAAUUAGUUUGUUGAUUUUUUAAAGAUCUACAAUAAUUUAGUUUGAACUUUGUUGAAAAUCUGGUAGCCCUCUGGAUUGUAUAGUUCAGAAUGCAAUGCCUCUGAAAAAAUACAGACCUAUUAUAGUACAUAUACGUAUAAAAUUUUACCGGUCAUUUUAAAGUUUUAAAAUUUAAUUGCAUUUUUAUUUGAUGUAUAUUUAAUUUAGCGAUACUGGCUAAAUUUCUGGAUAUUUAUUAUCAUAAUUAGUUACAUAAUGUUAUAUUUUAUUGUUACACAGUUCAAUCUCUAGGUAACCCAAUAAAAUUUUAUUGAUUCGUCUGUGAAUAUUGAGGCUAUUUAAAAAUCCGCUAGUUUAAAUACCAAAGAUUUUUUAUAACGGCAUACCUAUGUAGUGAAAAUGUGUUUCAUUUUACAUAUCUCUUGUGACUGGUUGAAAAGAAAACGUAAAUUCCAAGAUAUGUGAAAAAAAUCGACCUUUUGACCAACAUUCGUGCCGUUCCUUCCGUCAAUCGAAUAAGAAUAAUUGUUAAAUUGUUCUUUGAUGUGUUGAUACAGGUUACCUGCAGAUUAAACACUGAUUUCGAGAUAAUUGUAGAGGAAAAUUAUUUCAGUAAUUUUCAGGGGAUUUUAGUUCGCUUUAUUAAGUUAUUACAUCCUUGUAAUUAUUAUUAUUAUUGUUAGAUAAUUAACUUUGUUUUUAAGUCACAUAAAACAUCACACCUCUUCGGGACUAUAAAGAAAAAAAAAAUCUUGGUUCCACAGGUUUUUCUUUUACUCUUUUAUCCUAAUAUGAUAGUGAAAUGUUAAUUCUUGAAUACGUAAUUUUCUUUUAUGCGUUGUAUGAUGUACUUCCAGUGCAACGAAUGUGGCAAAUGUAGAUAGGUAUGAGAGUGUAUUGUAUUAAAAAUAAAUGGUAUAGUAUAUUA